GGUCAGGCAGCAUCCAUGGAGGGCCGAGGGGGAGAAGUAGUUGACCAUUGGCCGAGGGGGAAGUGUAGCCGGAGGCAAUUGGCUGAGGGGGAGAAGUAUUCAAAGAUCAUUGGCCGAGGGGGAGAAGUAGUCGGAGACGAUUGGCCGAGGGGGAGAAGUAGUCGGAGCCCAUUGGCCGAGAGUGGAAAGAAAGUGGCGGGCAGGGAGGAAACCAUUGGACGAGGGAGAGGAGCGGCGCUUGACAGAACCCAUUGGCCGAGCUGCAGAGGCGGGCAGGACGGACAGGACGGACGGGGCUCAUUGGCGGGGAGGAAGAAAGGCGGGCGCGUCGGGGCGCAGGCGAUUGGCGGAGGUGAACAGAGGCGGCGGCCGACGCCGCAAGCCGAUUGGCGGGAGGCGGGUGAGCGGCAGGCGGCGCAGCCAACGGCGGCGAGGGGAGGAAGGGGGCCCGGGGAGCGGAGCGGGAGCUGGCGGCGCCAUUUUGUUUUUUUUGAAAGUUGGGCCGUUAGCGGCGGUUGGGAUUUGAACCUUCCUUCCCCCCCCCACGGGCCGGGCGGCAGAGGCCGGCACUCGGAGGCGAGGAUGAGCGGCCUGGACGUCAAGCGGUUGAAGGUGGCCGAGCUGCGGCAGGAGCUGCAGGAGCGCGGACUCGACACCCGAGGCCUGAAGGCCGAGCUGGCGCAGCGGCUGCAGGAGGCCCUGGACGCCGAGCUGCUGAGCGACGAGGCGGCCGGCGACGACGCGAGGCCCGGCAAGGCCUACGGCCCGGGCCCGGCGGACGGAGACGAGGAAGCCGGGGACGACGACAAGCUGCUGCUGGAGGAGGAGGAGGACGAGGAGGAGGAAGAGGAGGAGGUGGAAGAGGAGGACGGGCCGCCCCCGGCGCCUCAGGCCCCCGAGCACGGCGCAGGAGAGGCCGGGGAUGAGGUGCGGCCCGGCGAGGAGGAGGAGGAGGAGGAGGAGGCCCGGGUGGAGGAGCAGCCCGACGCCCAGUGGCAGGAGGUGACGGAGCCCGAGGUAACCCAGGCUGUGCCGGCCGGGCAGGAGGAGGAGGAGAUGGAGCAGGAGGCCCAGCCGGAGCCUCCGGCCCAGGAGGAGGCCGCGCCGGACCAGCAGCAGCAGUCUGAGGCCGACCAGCAGAACGGAGACAAACCGCAAGCUGCGGCCCAGGCCGCAGGUAAACAGAAUAAUGAGCAGGAGGCUGGAGAGGGUGUGAGCGAGGAACGCGCCUCAGGCAGCGAGGAACGACCACCUGAUGCCGAGCGGCGAGGGCAGAAGAGACGCCAUGAAGAUCGUGGUCGCGGUUACUAUGAAUUCAGGGAGGAGACAAACUACAACCGGGCCAAGUCCCCGGUGCCUGUGGGGAAUGAGGAGGCGGAAGAAGAAUUUGACGACAGUUUAGUUUGUCUCGACACCUAUAACUCUGACCUUCACUUUCAAGUGACAAAAGACCGCUACGGUGGGCAGCCUCUUUUCCCCGAGAAGUUUGUCUACCUCUGGGGGGGUGCCCGGGCUACCUACGGUGUGACGAAGGGCAAAGUCUGCUUUGAGGUGAAGAUGACCCAGAAGUUCCCUGUGAAGCAGUUGACUGAAAGUGAAAAUGAACGACACGUUGUGCGUGUGGGCUGGUCGCUGGAUAGCUCCUCGCUACAGCUGGGAGACGGAGAGUUUUCCUUUGGCUAUGAUGGAGCUGGGAGAAAGUGGAGAAACUCUGUGUUUGAGAAGUAUGGAGAGACGUUUGAUGAAAAUGAUGUAAUCGGUUGUUUUGCUAAUUUUGACGGUGAGGAUGUGGAACUCUCCUUCUCGUUGAAUGGUGUAUGUCUUGGAGUUGCCUUCACAGUCAGUAAGGAGUCUCUCGCUGACAAGGCACUGUUCCCACAUGUUCUGACUAAAAACUGUGCAUUAGAGUGCAACUUUGGUCAGAAGGAGGAACCGUUCUUCCCUAUCCCUGAGGAUUACACUCUGAUACAGAAUGUUGCCCUGGAGGACCGGGUUCGCGGAGCAGUUGGGCCCAAGACACGGGAUGCGUGUGAGGUUCUGCUGAUGGUUGGCAUGCCAGGGGUUGGUAAGACCACCUGGGUGAAGAAGCAUGUGGCUGAGAAUCCAGACAAAAGGUACACCAUACUGGGAACCCUCAACAUUCUGGACAGGAUGAGGGUCAAAGGGCAGGAUGGUCCCGAGAUGAGCAUUGCCCAUCGGAAUACUCUCAUCCAGCAGGCAACCCAGUCCUUGAGCAAACUGAUCCAGGUCGCUGCUUGCAAGAAGCGCAACUACAUCCUCGAUCAGAGCAACGUGUACGGCUCAGCUCAGCGGCGGAAGAUGAUCCCGUUCAAAGGCUUCUCCCGCCAGGCUGUGGUGAUCUGCCCGAACGACGAGGAUUGGAAGGCCCGAAUGAAGUUGCGACUCGCAGAAGAGAGCGAGGACUUGCCGGACUUUGUACUGCAUGAAAUGAAAGUGAAUUUUACCCUCCCUGAGACGAGCGACUUCCUGGACAAGGUGACUUACGUGGAGUUGGAGAAGGAGCAAGCGAGCAAGCUGAUGAACAAGUACAGGGACGAGGCGAAGAAAGCCCGGCCACAGCAGGAGAAGCGGCAAGACCGGCGUAAUUACCGUAACCGCAAUGACCGUGACAGGAACUACGGUGGUAAUCGCAUGGCUAGGUGGGAUAACAGGAACUACGAUCGGCAGCCUUAUGGCCAAGGCUGGGGUCCCGUCUAUGGCAACAACCCAGCAUACAGAGAGGAUUACCACAAAGCCUAUGACCGCUACAGGCAGCAGUACGACCGGGGCUACACGCAGCCCUACGACUACCACAGAUAUCGGGAUUAUUACCGGGAGUACGCUCGUGAGUGGCACCGCUAUUACGAGGAGCGAAACCGCUACUACAACAGCUACUACGGCUACCGAUGAAAGUGCGACUGUAUGCGUCCCUAGCCCACCUCCAAUGUAGUUUCAUUCCAGUGGAGCAGCAGGUGGCUGUGGGGCUUUUACUUCAACCUUUUGGCUAGUGUUAGAUGUUCUGUUUUUAAUUUUAUUACUCGUUUUAACAAAGUGAGUGCCUGGCUUUGUGGGGCAUUUCAGCUUCUUCCUUGGCAGACAUACCACAGUAGUUAAUAUUGGAAUGUAUAAGAUGCACUGGCCACACUCCCCGUGAUUGUGCACAUACCCACACUCUCUUUGUCUCUCUCUCUCUCGCGCUCUCUCACACACACACACACACACAGACACACACACACACACACACACACAGACACACACACACACACACACACACACACACAGACACACACACACACACACACACACUCUCAAGCCCCUCAUUCAAUUUCCCUUUUGUUCUUGACAUUGGCUUGCUCUGCGGGUGACCCCUGGGUGGAGUUCCACAGCACUGGCAGAUCCCUGCUUUCUGGGAUGGGACAGUGGAGGUUGGGGAGGGCGGGGGGCAAGGAUUUUCCCUGUGCUGACCUCCAUAAACAUCGGUGGUUUCAGAAGCUCUGGGCGCCUGGCCUUUGACGAGAGGCCGUCCCAUCCUGUUUUAACGACUGUCGUGGGAUAGGAGUAGACAAAGAGCUUGCCUUUUUUUUAAGUUCUAAGACAGCCAGGAUUAGUUGUAAAAUAGCAUUGAAUAAAUCUGGCUUCAGAUGAAAAGGCCACGCAUAGCUGCAAAGCAACCCAGGGGUUUUCGCAAUCUGCCUGACCUUCCUGUGCUAUUGCUGGCCCUCAGUAGCUCUCCAAAGCCUUUCAUCUAGAAGUCCAAAGCCGCCAUUUCUCCAGGACAGUAAGGCAGCUUUGCUCGUGACCCAAUGCCCCAAAGACGUGAAUCCAAGAAUCUUCUUUUGUUUCUUGGCUUGCUCUAAGACGGGCUAUGAAAUCCUCCCACCGUUCUUUCCCCCUCCCCAAACCACGUCAAGAGCUUCCAGAGCCAGCAGCCCCUUUUGGGAUCCACGCAGCCAGCACCUUUGCCAAUACAUACACAGCCCACCCCCCCCCCCCCCCCCCCCCCCCCCAACUCUGAGUAGCCCCAGGAAGACGCAGUCUGGUCUCGCCUACCUGCUCCGUGUUAGCUGCCUUGAAGCUGAAACUGCCCCCCACCCCCCGAAGCCAGCACCUCCUGCUGUUCACGGCUCAAAAUAACUCCGAACUUCGUGUGUAAACCCUACCCCUCCCUCCCCUCUCUUCAGCAGCCCCAUCACAAAGUGGCGGUGUUGACCCACCACGCUGCACCUCGCCCCUCCUGUGCACCGGCAGAGCAGCUCCCUGGGGUUGGCGCUGUGUUGUCGGGACUUUGCACUUAAGCUCAAAGUUGGUGGCAAGUAGGGAAGGAUUACUGCUCUGGUUAUGGGAGCGGAGAUUUAAAUGCACUGUGUUUGCAUGUGUAUGCCUAUCCACCCAUGUCAGUGCGGUCAGAUGGUCAUACUGUGCAGAGGUAGGUUUGUCCUUGAGCAGUUCUCGAGUUAGCUAGGGCUGGAGGAGUGGAUUUGAACUUGCCACCUGCCAGUUUGGGCUGAGCUUUCAGUUUGUGUUGGAGGAGAGGGAGGGGAGGUGGUGCGGUUUCGUAGGCAGGAGGAGCCUCUCUUUUGUCUUUGUCUGGUUCUUCUGUUUUUUGUCACGGAAACUGGUAGCAGGCUGCUUGCCUUUCGAGUGAGGGCACCAGAGGGGCUUGAUGGGCCUCGGACAAAACAGAGGGGGACGCAAGCGCGUCAGUGCAGUUGCUUUCAGUAUAUACGACGCUUUGAACUUUGUACAGUCUCCUGCCACGGCCUUCCAGCAAGCUUUUUUUUGGAUUUGUCUGCGUGUGUGUUUAUUUUUAAUUUUUACAGAAAAAAUUUGCUUUACAAAUCUCGAGUGAUGUUUCCGAUCAUCAGCCUGCAGGUUAUUAAUUGUAUGAUGCCGCCUUUUUAAUGUCAAGUUUAGGGGAGUUUAGGGAGGGAGGGGGUGGAG